UGUCUUUCUUUGGCAGAUUGGGGGCGAUGAAGAAGGGUUGGAAAAGAGGAGGAAGAACAAAAACAUCCUUUUAAACCAUAUUUCUUUAUUUAGCGUGCCAAUCCUUUUGCUGAUUCGGAUUCCAUAUACAGAGAAAUGGCACGGUCAGCUGCCUUCAGCCUGCAUGGUCUGGGCAAGACCUUCUGCCAGAAACUGGAUUUCAUGGCAUUAUGACAUCCAUAGCUAAAAUGAGCAUCACAUGUGUGGCGGUCAUUAGCACCCUCCUGUGCUCAGUUUGGUCAUCAACCAUUAAAGCUAAAGAUGAACACCGCACUGCUUUCUUUGGAGAGGACGUUCAUAUUCCCGUGCCAGCUUUAGACACAACAGAGUUGUUGUUCAAGCCGAGGGUGGAUCCGGUGUUAGAGCGGGUUCUCCUGCGAGACGGGAAAAUUCUGGACACAAGAGCCAAACUGAACGUUCACAUCAGCCAUUUGAUCCUGGAGGAUGUGGGCGAGGAGGAUGAGGGCACAUACGUGGUGAAGAAUUCUGCGGCCCCUGCUGAUGUCAGGCGAAUCAUUCUUAUUGUUAGAGACUGUGCACUAGAGACUGUGGUGAAAUAUGGAGAUGUAUAUCAUAUCCCGAUCAACCCUUCCAUUGGUCCAUACACCCUUGAGUUCAGGCCUGGAGCUCACACUCCAGUUAACCAGACCACAGAGGUACCGCCUGUGCUGCUUGUCAACCAGACCGGCAUCCCCACGCAAGAGUACGAGGACCGCCUCACCGUGGGCGAGAAGAGGGUCAACCUCCAUUUAGUCACAGGAGCCGAUGAGGGCAGCUACACUGUCGUGGACAGUGAUGAAAAAGUCCGAUUGAGAGCCUGCCUCAAUGUGAAAGACCACCAGAUCUUUGAGCACUUGAAUUAUGGUGAAACUUUAAAGAUCAAGCUUCACGUGGACCACACCAAAGUCAAAAUGGUCUACAUCCCAGACACUGACCACAAGGAACGACUCAUCAUGGACCAGGGGGAGCUGACGGUACCUGUCGACUCUGCUCUUGAGGGUCGAGCAUCUGUGGAAGGAUCCAUGUUCUACCUGAAGAAAGUCAAAGUCGGUGACAUGGGUGUCUUUCGAGUGAUGGACUUUUCCGGCUUCCGCAUAGCUGACGUCUACCUUCACGUGCAGCCCUAUAAGCUCCCACAGCUGUAUGUGGCGAUCAUCUCCUUGCUGUCUCUGCUGGCGUUCCUGCUGUUGGUGUGUCUGCUGUCCUGUCUGAUCAAGGUUCACCGUCGGGCGGAGAGAGCACGUAAGAUCGCCCUAAUCGCCCAACAGGCUGGCAAGGGCGACGGAGAGGCGUUCAGACAGGUGGUUCAUGAGGCUUAUACUAGAUUUUCAGAGGAGCCCACUUUACAGUCCACCUGGGAGAACAACACUGAGAGCACAGAAGUUGAGAUCAAAGGUCUUGAGGUAUCAAAACCAGGUCAGUACCAGGCCCUUCAAUCUGAGAAGAACUUCUUGGAGAUGAACGACUCGGGCGUGGAGUUCAACUCGUCCGCGCUCCCUCUGGACAGUGACACAGAUGUACCCGACAACCUCGCCUCUCAGAAGCUCCUGCUCGAAUCCGACACUCUCGCUGGUGUCCCGCCGGCCAUUUCUGAGGGCGACCACAGUGCCACUCGCACCCCUGAUUCCAUUCUGAGCGCCAGCCCCGUCGUCCAACCCAAAUCUGUGCCUCAGAUAGAUGGCGACUUAAUCGGCGUGACCACACCUGAGGAAACGACCAAAGCGGAUGAUUUGGAUGCGAAGACGAGCAAAGAUGCUUCACCGCAUUCUGAGAAAGCUCUGGAUCCAAGUAAUGGAACCACAACCUGAGCACUUUGAAGAAAAUUGAGUCACACUAACAGGUGUGGCCACGAUUCAUUCACUACAUCUCACCGUUUGACGUCUAAAAUGACACUUCAUCUUGCUUGGAUUGAUCUGUUGCAUAACAAAUGGUUUGUCGAGCAAGCAAAAAUCCUGAUCUGAGAAGAAAAAAGAACAAAGAAGACAACAAAACUCACAAAAAAAAAAAAACUUUGAAGAACCGAAUCAGUCCUGCACUAUGCAUGCCUUUGAAUUACUGAGGACUAGUUUGAAGCCAAGUGCUAUAUUAGAGUGAACAUGUAGUGCAUGUGAAGACGAAAACACACGUGUAAGACUUAAUACUUUUUUUAUUUUACUAAGCAAUGCAAUUAUAACUAGAACUUUCACGGGAGAGUCAAACUGCCUGAAACUCCAAAGAAGCUUCAAGCAACAUCUGAAGCAGAUUGCAUUGGAUCUUACAUCUACAAAAAGCCAGAUUUUGAGAAUUUCUUCAUUUGUCGCUUCCAAGUAGGAUUCAUUCCAAGAUCAAACACACUUUCCCAGUGCUUCACCUGGUGUGAAUGCUUCCUUUUGACCAUCUGCAGUCACCACCGGCUUUGAAGUGCUUUACUGAUAAUCCUUGCCAAUGGUAAACUAAACACCUUGAUGAAUCAGGUCCGCAUGGGUGACAGGUAUCCGAUACGGUGGCUUACCACUGUAAAUAGGAUCAGCUGUGGUGAAGGGUUUUGGCCCUGGUUCAGAGGAACCCCUCUGAAGGAACGGCUUGUCUCAGCAGUUAAAGGUGCUGAUUCUGCUGGAGUGUCUCCACAACUCGGGCCUUUCCGAUGAUCUCUUUUCUAGCGCUUCUGAUGCGAUCCUUUAUUCCUACUCAUUUGAAUAUAUUUUAUAGCAGGUUUAAGCUUGCAGAAAUGCGCUCAUUGCGAAUUUCGUUGACAUUUAUUCAUGAGGAAUGAUUCACAACAAGAGGCAACUAAGUGGGGUCUAGGGGGUGCUGAGUUCACAAAAAUACAAUAUCCAUAUUGAUAAUAUCUAAUAUGGUUUGAUUAUGUAGAUUUGAAUCAUUUGUGUUUGACUCACUCCUGUCAGCACAGUUGAGUCGGCAUAAAACAUCCAUAUUUCCAGCUGCAACAUGGCUAUUGUGCUUCUGCAGUUUUACUAAAAGCGCUGCAAAAUUUUUAAGAUUUCAUAAUUCCGAAUAUCUUUUUCAUACCAUGCACUCUUAAAAAUAAAGUUUGUUUGCUAUAGCAUUGAUGUCCCAUGAAGAAUCCUUAACAUUCAUGGAACCUUUCAAGGUUCUUUAUAGUGAGAAAUAAAAGGUUCUUCAGAAUAUUAUAAUGUUUAGUAGACUAAGAAAAAAGGGUUUCUAUUAAGAACUAAUCACUUAAAGUUUCUUUAACAAAGCAAAAUGGUUGUUCUAUGAAACUGUAGCAAAAAUCAGCUUUAUUUUUAAGAGUGUAUAGUUCUAAUUCUCUUUUGAUGUUCUCACAGCACUUGAUUUUAAGGUUAAUGCUAUUCGUUUCUACUGGAUAGAUGUGUUCAUGCAGGUAAAUGAGGUGUGAGGAGAGUAUGAUGCAAUAUUAAAAUGAGCUGUAGCUGGUGGGUGGAGUCUUACAUCAGGGGCGUGGUUUAGCCUGUUGGUGAAAUUGCUACCUCAAUGUUUUGAUGUCUGAAGAACACACAGAGGGAAAAUGGCAAAAAAGACACAGGGUGUCAAAAAAAAAAGCACAAUUAAGAUAAAAUCCUUGCAAAAGAUGUGAAUUAAAUUUCAGCUAAUGUAAAUACAGUGGUUUGCCAAAACAGAAAUAGAUAAAAUAGUCAAAUUACGAUUUAAAUUAACCCCUUUUUGCUUAUAGUGAACCCUUUAGUGACUGCAUUCAGAAUAUGCAUAGACUGAUUGUAAUUUUAAAGCAUUGUAUAAAAAGUAAAAAAAAAAAGUUUUCUAUAUUGCAUUGAUAUCUAUUGACAUUUCAUGAUCAAGCCCUAGAAUUUUGACUAGCUAGCACUAUUUUAAACUCCCUUUGCUUCACUCCAGAAAUUGUUUUAUUGAUUAAGGUUUGUUCUUAUGUAAAAAAUGUGCCGUUAUUGGGCCUUAUGAAGCAAUAUUAGUGUGAAAGCACUGGGCCUCAUUUAUGAAGCAUAAGAAAAACAGAUUUCUUUGUAAAUUGUUCAUAAAACCAUUCACUCUCAGAAAAAAAUUUACUAAAUCUGUCACUGGGGCACUCCUUUUUCACAAGGUACUAAUAUGUACCAUUAAGGUACCAAUAUGCACCUUUAGGGGUGCAAAGGUGUACCUUUUAAAAAGGUACUGCCCCAGUACCUUUUUUUUUCUGAGAGCAUUCUUAUAUUUAAAGUUCAUACUCAAUUUACUGCAACAUUUUAUGUAUGAAUGGACUUAUGAUUGAUUUGCACAAAUUUGCUCUGCUUAUGUUUCAUGAAUGAGGCUGAAUGCACACACACACACAUGCACACACGCACACACACACACACACAUACAGGGUAGGUACAACAAACAUACACACACUUCUGUACAUAGAUGUAUUGCAUGUUAAUGAUCAAUACUAUCCAAUGAUUGCUGGAUUCUCAUGCAUUUUUCUUCAAAUAAGACACAGCUUCUAAAGAAAUGAAUGACAUAAUAAACAAGAAACCUUUACAGGGUUUCUGCAGGUCAUUAAAAUGGGAUUUUUCCACAAAUGAAGGCCUUAAAAUGCCUUAAAUCCGAGGUGAAAUCUUAAAUUCAUAAAGUCGUGGCAUUAAAUGUUGCAUACACUGCAAAAUAAAUAAAAUCUUCCUCAAUAUUGUUGUCUUGUAUUCCAGCUCAAAUACCUAAAAAAUCUUAAAUUGAGGCACAUUUAUUUGAAAAAAAUAUAAAUUAAAUAAAAACCCUUGUUUUUUAAGGGAUUGAACAAAAUAAAGUGAGUUUAUGCCUUAAACAAGAACAAAUAUUUCAGUGGGGUAUGAAAACGUGUUUUUCCAUUGAAUUAAGUGAAUUUUUCUGACACCAUUGUCAGAUGUUUGUUUUGUUUUAAUCACAAACUCACUUCAUUUUGAUCAUUAUCUCAGAAAACAAGACUUACCUGAUGUCAUCUGCAUUUUAAAUAAACAUCUUGAUUUAUGACUCUUUACUAAUUUGCACUGGAACAAAAUUAAAAGCUUUUUUUUUUUUUUUUUUUUUUUGCAGUUUGAAAGUAAGUUAUUUCCACAAAAGUAACAAUCUGUUGUAUAUUCAAACUUUGAAGUGAUGCCAAAACAACUCAUUAAGAGCAUCCUGGACAUUAGAGAACAUACUGAUGAAUUCCCUUCAAUUUAUUCCUUACAUAUUCUUUACAAUUAUAGACUUAAAUUUACCUUCAUGAAACCUGCAGAAACCCUGCGUUCACACUGUCAUGCUUUAACUGAAUCUUUGCACUUGAGAAUGACUUUGAUAAUGCAAAACUCAAGAAAUAUUACACUGACACUAUAUUAUUGCUAUAUAUUAAUCAUACUCUCUUUAUAUAUGCGCUGAUGUUAUAGAUCUACUAUAUACGCGACUAAAAGCAUUAGGCUACAGAAGCAUGCUGAACUAGAGGUUGCCUGUUAGAAAUAAGAUUUCAUUGCAUUGCAUUACUUUGUCUCUGAUGAGAAGUAUUCUUAAUGUCAGUGUUAUUUUAGCAGCUAAUAUGGAAAUGUUUUUUUUUUUUUUUCGAAUUUGGUUUAUUUUGGAGAAAAAGGGAUGUCAAAUUUACGAUUAUGCAAUUUACAAUCAUGAACAGAAAACAGUUUUUGAGAAGUGCACACAUUUCCGGUCCUCAGGCGUAACUGAGCACAACAAAAUCAAAACUGGUCUUUCAGAAGAAAUGGAUAUCAUUUCUCUGUUUCUCAUUAAGACAGAAAUCAUAUCUACAGUCAGUUCUAUGUACAGUUUUAGCUUGAUUACACUUGCAUUCACCACUCAAAGUUCAGAGUGACUCAGAUUUACAGAGUUUAUUGCUCUUAAAUGUGUUCAAAUUUGCGUUUGCGUUCAGUGAACUUUACCCUGAGUAGUCUGAGUUGGAUAAAUCAUAAUUCUGCAUAAGACAAUGCACUUAUCACACUGAAAAGUGACUAAAAAGAUGUUUUUCGGUGGUACAGUAGCAAUACAAGUCCAUCCUGCUCAGGUUUGAUCAGCGGUUUACACAGAUGCUGGCAUCACAUAACUAAUCGAGCUCAGGAGCGUGUGCUUUCUUCAUCAAUUUAUGCUGAUUUCAUUCUUCAAUUGAUCUUUUGUUACAUGCAAGAACUCUCAGGAGACAGGUUUGUCGACGUGCUUUAUUCAACUUUGAAAAGUUUGAUUGUGAACAUGCUUUGUAACAUUACGGUGUUUUUCUCUCACAACUGUAUUUGCCAGAUAAGUAACAGACUUUCAUAAAACCAUGAAUAUUAACAAUACUUCACAGUGAUGUACAAAGUAUAGUGCAGAGGAUCUUGUUUUUAGCUGCUUUGUUAAUUUAGUAUUACAUGUGGAUUCAUAGUUUGACUUCAAGCACAACUUUAGUUCAACUUUGAUUUGCUCUCGAAUGAAAGAUAUAAAUAAAACUUUGACUUUAAAAGUCC